UUUUUAUGGUUAAAACUUAUGUUUUGAGUUAUAAAGUUUAAAUUUUAAAAUUAAAAUAGUUCUUAUGUGCUCUGUGAGAAGCUGUAAAACCAAACAUUCCAAGAAUUCUGACAUAAAGUUCCACAAGUAAGUACUACCUGUAAUAUAAGUAAGGUUUACAUUAUAAUUAAAAAUGAUACACUUAUUAUAUCUAAGUUCAUAAAUAAAUUACCUUUUAAUCCAUAUAGGUUUCCUACAAAUGAAGAGUUGAAAAGCAAAUGGUUAUUAGCCAUUAAUAAUGAAAGUUGGUUUGUGCCAUCCCAGCAUUCUGUUGUAUGUAGCAAACAUUUUGAUAUAGGUGAUUAUCAAACUAAUGCUUUGGGGAACAAGAAGCUGAAAAUGAAUGCUAUCCCAAAAUCAACAAUCAUUCGUAGAUCUUUACUUGAAGAUUUCGAGGUACUUCAUCAUUCAAAAGACAACGACAGUGACGGAACUAUAUUUGAUUCAAAUGAUAGCGAUGUUAUAGUGAACACUGGAGUCAAUGAUUUUGUAGAAGAUGGUAUAUUAUUGUCAGAAAUAUCAAAUAAUUCUAAAGUGGAUCUUGAAAACUCAGUUGUACAACAGCAACACGAAGAAAAUAAUAUUAGUAUGAAUUCAUCAACCUCAACAAAAACACCUCCACAAAAGAGAAGAAAACUAUUUCGUUACUUGGGAGAUUAUGAAGAGGAAGAUUUGGAAACCCCUAGAAAGAGGAAAAUGUUUUGGACUGUUUAUAAAAAAACCUUAGAAAAAAAGCCAAUACCGAAAGAUUGUUUAGACAAAAAAAUCAUAGAUUGCAAGCUAAAAUAAGGACAUUAAAUACAUUAAUUGAUAGUUUACAAGUCGAUAGCAAAAUUACAGCCAAUUGUUCCAAUAUUUUGACGGUAACUUAAAACUAAAACCUUCAACCUUCAACCUUCAUCUACCUAUCUUCAUCUCAAAAAUAUACAACAUAGCAAAUUUAUUUAAGCUAAAUUUGGUAUGUUUCAAGACAACAAAAACUAAGUUUUACCUUAUUUAACUAUUCUGUUGGUGUGCUUACAAUAAAAAAUUAAAAUAUAAAA